GUUACGCUCCGACAGUAAAUAACCUAACUCAAACCGUGAAACGCGCGAUAAGAGAAAUUCCAAUACCGUACAGUAUUGACGAAAUUAUAAUAGGACCCAGUGUGCCAAGUGAAGCUGCUUCAAUCAAUCCAAUGACAUCAUACACUAAAAGAGUCGCAACUGGCUUAAUUGAGAACGACGUUCGACAUUGCUCCAGCCAGCGAUCGCGCCAGCCACUGUUACAAUCUCAAAAGCAAUACUCGUGUCUCACGCAAGUUCUAGAUUAAUUUCAAACGGUGUAACGUAUUAAAAUGUCCACAUACAUCAUUGGACUCAUAUGCGCAUUUGUCCUGGCGGCAUUUGUGAUCGCUUGGAUAACGUAUUGCAUGUUCUGCAAAGAGCGUCACAAAUCGGAGUCUUAUCAGUACAACAUAUCGGAUUUGCGGCGAAGAAAUUAUGAGAUCGCUCAAGAACAAAUGGAAGAGAGUCCCGAUACUAAGGAAGUUACAGCGGGCAUUUUCAUAAUGCCAUCACGUCAUAAGGAAGAUUACAGCUACGAUAAAAGGCCAGAUUAUCCUGAGGGGACUCUGGCUAAUUUACAACCGAGAACUGAUAAACUAAUCGAGAUUAUUGACAGUCCUGAUGCGGAACGUAAAUGUGUCGGUUUCGAUCUCAAUUCCACUGUUCCGUAUCAUAGUGACGUAUGAAAUCGUUGCACAACUAUUGUUAUUUGAUUACAGUACCAUGUAGCUGCACUAUUGAAAUGUUAUAUGUCUACACACGUACUUUGUAGCAUUACCUACAUUUGAGUUAAACACGUAUGCAGAUGUUUAUAAUAGAUUUAGUAAUAAAAGUUUUUUUACUUGUA